AUGGCUGCAGUGGUUCUCAAAUGCCUUUGGAAUGAAUUCGCUGCCAUAGUCAGAAACAAGGCUCAGCAUGCUGCAAGGCGGAAAAUUGAGAACAAUCCUUACUCACUUCAGUCAAUUAACGCACAUGAACCCGAGGUUAUCUCCAAGGCCGACACAUUACUUCAGCGUAUCAUCAGCGAAUCUGCAAUAUCCAAAAGUCACACUGUGGACGUACAAGUCUUGUGCGGGCUUUUCAGUCUUGAAGUAAUAUGCCAGGUCGCAUUCGACCAAGACAUUAAUGCUGAAUCACUUGACGCUGGGCGAGCUUUUUUGACUGCAAUGGGUCAGGCUUCGCUGAUUCAGCCACUUUCAAACACUAUUCCUAUCCUAGGAAAAACGAGUCUAAGUGAAUACAUCCCUGGUGUCAUUGGUCGUGCCUAUACACAACGAAGAAUAUGGGAAGAAACGACGAGAAAACUCUAUCGAAGUUUUGUAAACAAUUUAAAAGAAGACUACACCGAUAAAUUUCUUGCCGAACCAUUUGUUCACAAGAAAGACGAGUACUUAGGCCGAAUUUUGACCGAAGAUGAAGCCAUUGAAGAAGCGAUGGGUCUUCUUUUUGCUGGAAGUGGAACGACAUCUACAACUAUAUUGUACAUUCUUUACCAUCUGUCCCGUCCAGAAAAUAGAGGUAUUCAACUCAGACUACGAGAGGAAUUACAUGCGGCUGGCACGACCAACUUCGCACUAACCAAUCUGAAGUAUCUGAAUGCUGUGAUUAAAGAAGCAAUGCGACUGAACCCUUCUUUGAUCGGAUCUCUACCACGAAUUCUGACCACAGCGGUAGAGGCAGGCGAGGGAAAGCAUAAACUCGUCUUUCCACCAGGUACUCUGAUUUCGAUGCAGAACUACGUUCAUCAUCAAGAUCCCUCUGUUUAUGAAGAUCCUCACACUUUCAAUCCUGAUCGCUGGCUUGGCGUACCUCUAUCAAGUGCUAGGGAGAAAGCAUUUACACCAUACAGCUUAGGGCCGAGGAACUGCAUAGGUCAGAACCUGGCAAACUUGGAGAUCCGCCUAGCUGUCAGCCACUUAGUUCGUCAUUUGGACUUCAAACUCAAUUCGGAGAUGGAAGAAGCAGAAAUGGAUAUGGAAGACCGCUUCGCUGCUUUAAGUAAGGGUGGAAGACUCUUGCUUGAUGUCACCCAACUGUGA